UUAGCAACCAAUUAGGCGUCACCGCUCCCAACUGCAGAUUCAUGAGUGCGCUCUUCUUCUCGGAGACCGUCCCGUCCCGUCAGGAGAGGAGAACCAGCACCGUGAAGCGAUAUGGGGACUAAUUUAUGACGGACCAUAAACCGGAUGUCUUUCUUCCAUCUGUUCGGGUUGGUGUAGCGGAGCUGGACGCGCCGACCUGGGGAACAUCGCUGUGCUGGUGCCGUUGUUGUUAACGUUACCCAGCAUCGGCCAACAUGGCUGAGGAUGACUGUGAAUGGGUCGUGGAGAGCAUCGUUGGCUACUUGGGAAGUCCUGAAUGGGUCAUUCCUGUCACGGACUUUAUGGAAAACAAAUGCACAGUUUUUGAUGACGAAGAUGAGAAUAAGUUAUCAUACACAGAAAUCCAUCUGCAGUAUAAGAAAUUGGUGGAGAAGCUGUUAGAUAAUUACAUGCAGGAGGUUGGCAUCAAUGAGCAGCAGUUUCUGGAUGCAUGCACAUCUCCCAUUGCCAAGUCCAAAACACUGCAGUCGGUGUUCAUGCCAGUUCUGGCUACAGAUGAUUUCCAGAUAUUUCGCUCACUGAUGGUCCAGAAGAACAUGGAGCUGCAGCUUCAAGCCCUUAGGGUCAUUAAAGAAAGGAACGGGGUCCUCCCAGAGUGUCUGACUGAUGGUGUGGACGUGAUGACAGAGUUGCAGCAGCAAGAGAUGAAAAUCCUGCAGGAGGUUCUCAAAAAGUCAAAGGAGGAGUAUGAUGAGGAAAUGUCCAGGAGGCUGCGAUUGGAGGAGGAGGUUGGAUCCUCCUCCUCCAGCAGCUGCUCUGAUAAGCCCCUGGUACAAAGCAGUGAAGCCCAAAAUACCACCCCUGCUUCCAGCCAACAAAGCAACACUGCCAAGGUCAACGGCAAAUCUGUCAAAAAGCAAGAGGAAAAGACAGCUGCCGCAGAAGCUGGAGAUGAGAAGAGUACAGCCAAGAGCAGCUCCACAGCCAAACCCACGCCAGGUUGUGGCAGUAACGGUGUGGAGUCCAGAGUUCUUCCAGCGGUGAGAGCUCCUGUGAAGUCAGCUGAACCCUCCGUCAGCCUCAGUCCUGACAGCAAGGAGCAGAGCAGCAGCCAGAAUGCAGCUGAGUCAUUGCUGGAGGAGGCACACAGGGAGGCUGGCUUCUCUAAGCCAUACACGGAGCUGUCAGCGUCUCAGCAGGAGCAGCUCCAGCAGAGGGCAGUGUAUCUGCGUCAGCAGCGAGACAAACUGCACGCACUGAAAAAAGAACAGCAGAAAACCAAGCAGGCAACCACACCAGAGGGGACACCCACUACUACUACUACUACUACCACCACUACCACCACCACCACCGCCACAACCCCGGAGGUGGUGGGACAGUCCCAGAGGAAUGGGGCCUGUACCCCUCCUCCUCCUCCUCUUCCUCAUCCUACUCCUCCUCCAGCACAACACUCUGCUAACUCCUCCAAACCGAAGGAGAUAUCUGCAGAGGAGAGGAAGAAGCUGCAGAAGAGAAAACAUCUGGCUGACAAGCUGAAAGAGGAAGUGAUUAAGAAGUAACCUCCCCUCCCAACAGCAAUAUUCUCACAUAUAUCUUUUAUCUGUUUACUCCAGUAAUCACACACAAGGCUUCCUUUACACUGUCGCUGUCAAACAGAUAACUCACUUUACGUAACACAGAUCAGCGUUUUCCAAAGAAACAGAAACAAGUAUGAGGUCUUCCUUCCUCACAGUCCCUUUAAUUGCUGUCUGCUGCACAGGAAGAAGGCGUAUCUUUCUUGAUAUUUUGGAUGUACUGGUAUGUGGAAGCCUCCGAUCACAAGAGAGCACUCGAGUAUUCUGUGAGACAGUCGCAUCUGUGUGACCGAGCAGGUUAAGAAAAUGUCAGCUGACAAGCACACAGACCAGUCAGCCCAAUGUUACGGAGACUUCCUGAUGGCGUUCACCACAAUGUGGAGUGUCCAAAUGUGUUCACAGCAUGUACACUACCUGCAAAAGUCCCACAAUGCAGUGCUUCACUAUUAAUAGAUGUGCACAUGUUAAAUAUGCAACACUACACCGGUCAGUAAUAGUGCAAAUUCAUGACUAUAAACUAUUUUUUCCACUCAGUACGUUACUAUGUAGGGGACAGUGACUGAUGGGGUGAUUUUGGACACAUCCCUGAGCUUCUUUGUCUGUAGACAACAGAAAAAAACAGACUCAACUGGCCUGGAGUUGAGGGUUUAAUGGUGGGGAGAGACUUGAUUGUGAGAGUCCUGUGUUGAGGUGAAGGCACCAUUAGCUAGCACAAGCGUACAGUCUUGAGUUCCACUGUCGAGAGAGUUCCCUGAGGGAAGAAUCACACAGCUGAUAACACUGUAGCAGCUCAUCCUAUUAGAGCACUGUGGAAGUUGUCAAGAUGAACACACCACCAUGUGUUUUUAAAGGGGCCAAGAGUAGAGUGUGUCACUUUCUACAAGGAAUUCAGUAUUUCAUGUAUGCUGUUUAAUAAAUCACAUUUUAUAGAAACAA